AGUCGAGCACCGUGAACGGAGUCAACCGCUUCUAUUUUCAAACGCGUAACUUUUUUUUACGAGGCGAAACCUUUUUUGUGUUUGUGGCCAGUAUCAGCCGGAGUUUAGUCUUUAACCAAGAGAAUACCGCAAAAUGACGAACGUACGGCAUUGGGCAAGCUUUGUGGCAUUCCUGGUGUGCAUCGGCUUAUCAUCAUGCGCACAAGUCGAAGAUCCAUGCAAAACAAAAUCACGAGUUGUGGGUGAUGACAAAUAUUGCGACAAAUACUGGGAAUGUGACAAUGGUCAGUCCAUCCAGUACGACUGUCCUAACGGGCUGGUGUUCGCUGGGAAACAUCGGGGGGUAACAGAGGGCUGUGACUACCCGUGGAGGUCAAACUACUGUGAAUACCCAAAAGUGCAAAUAAAUCCACCAAUUGGCACGGAACAUUGCGACUGGCUUUACGGUAUUUUCGGACACGAGACAUCCUGCACACGUUACUGGACCUGUUGGAAUGGUACGGCCACAGAACAGCUCUGCAUCGGUGGUCUACUGUACAAUGAGAACGCACACUCCUGCGACUGGCCCGAGAACGUCGAUGGCUGCCAAAAACAUCCACUCUGCAAUGAUGACCCGAACGGUAACGUGCCCCUCGGCAAGUCCUGCAACAGGUACUGGCAAUGCCAGGGCGGUUAUCCACGGCUCCAACGGUGUCCAGCCAUGUUGGUGUUCGACAGAAGGUCGCUGAGGUGUGUGGUGCCCCCCACUGAGGACUGCGAUGUACCCACCACUACACCUGCACCGCCAGAAGAGGAAGAUGAGCGACCGGUACAACAACAGAAGAGGCCAGCAAAUGAAUAUUCCGAAGCACAGCCCGGUCGUCAGCGGCCAAGGAACUAACUUCUAGAACCUCCUUGCUUUCCUAAUUAUAUUUCAUUUCCCUACGAUUCACGUAGUCUUUGUAUAAACCAAUUAUUUUGUGAACUUCUUAACAGUAUUGUAUGAUGAUAAUUCGCUUAACAUUUGAUUCAUAUAAAUAAGAGUUCUUUCUUUAUAAUGAGAAAGACGGUCGAUACGUCUUUCUGGAAACAUACUUUAUAUCACUUUGCCGGUAUUUUAUACUUAGCAUUUACGACCCAAUGAAUCUGUAUUAUAACUUAAUGUAAAAACUCACAAAUAGCCGUAUGACCGUCUUGUAUCUACGAUUCUCUGCUCGUCAUAACUUCUGUCCCACCAUACUCUUGACUUUUCAUUUCAAUUGCCUCAUUGAACAAAUGAAAAGUAUAUAAAGACUCCAGUAAAAUAUAAUACUUACAAUUUAAGUUUCGUACUCUGAACUUUGUCACAAAGUAUAAUAAUUGAAAACCAACUUUCGAUUGGUAAACUUAAAUGAUUGGUAUUGUACAUUUCAAAAUAUUUUAUAAUUUUCUUGUCACAAACCAAUGAGGCCUUGGAGUUGUGUUUAUAUUUCAUUAAGUUAGUUUAUUGUUUUAAUUAAGUACCUCUAGUAAGUAGUAAUUAAGUGUUUAAUAAAUUGCGGAAUUCUCAAAUAAAUACUCUGCAAAUAACCGUCCAAAAAUGCUAGACCAAUAAUCACUUCAUAAUUUUCUUAAUAUAAAAAAAGCUAUAAGAAACCUUUUUAUAAAUCAACAAAUUAGAAAAAAUGUAAAUUGAUAAUCUACGCUGAUAUUUAUUUUCACAUAUUACCUACCAAAAAGGAACAAUCAACAGCCUGAUAAAAUCAUUCAUAAUUUUUGGUAAAAUUCUAUAUACAGUUUUUUAUAAGUCAAUAUUUAUAUUUAUAAGUCCAUUUUUAU